UGCCAGGUCACAACCGGGGGGAGGGCUUCGUUGACCUUUUUUCCCGGGCACCGGAUAGUCCGAGAGAGAAUUUGGCGGUCUGACGAGGAAAACACUAGAGCCAGGACGACGCUAACCUAGUGCGACUCCUCGUCAUCUCCCGAGCAUCCCGAACCUCGACGGGAUGUGCGUGUCGAUGACAACGCUUGGUCGGCGAGGAUUCUCGGCCGUCUCGAGGAACAUCGCGCGGCUCGGCAGCACGCAACCGCGUUAUCCGAAUCGUAGCGAUACUUCAGCGAGCCACGUGCUGUCGCGAUGGUGCCCCGCGACGACGUCGUCGUUGCCCCGCAUCAUCGACAUUUCGCGAGUCCUGCGUCAGUUCCAGAGCGGCAACUGGAGGACGUUCUGCUCCGCGAAGACCCCGAUCUCUGCUGACGGCAUCAUCGAGGCCCUGACGAAGCAACAGGCGAAGGAACUGGCGUCGAAGCUGAGCGCGGAAGAGCGCGACCUCUUCUUGACAGCAUUGAACGAGUGCAAAUCGGAAAAGGCGAAGGCUGGCUAUGAAGGUCAACUAGCAGCUUUUCGGUGGAGGAGCAAGUUUGGCAGACCUAGUAAAAUACCAUCGCUGGGCGAAGUGGAUCCUACAGGAACGUACUGUCCUGUACCAGAUGACUGGCUAAAUCAGAAUGUGCCACAGUUAGUGGAAAACGUUGUAGAACCAUCCUCAAAAGAUUUGGUACUAGUCGCGAUUGCGAACGCGAUACCGUUCGUCGGGUUUGGUUUUCUUGACAAUUUCAUCAUGAUCGUUGCUGGCGAUCAAAUCGAGAUGAUGUUGAACAGAAGAUUCCCAAUCUCGACCAUGGCAGCUGCCGCGCUGGGUAACACGGUGUCCGACGUCAUCGGAAUCGGAUCGGUGCAUUAUGUUGAGAUGUUCGCCCAAAAAGUCGGCUUUAAAGCGCCCAAAUUGACGCUAGCGCAGCUGAAUCUACCUAGGACGCGAAUAGCCGCGAACGUGGGUCGAGUCAUCGGAGUCACGAUUGGAUGUAUCAUCGGCAUGACGCCUAUACCAAUAGUCGCGCUACUCCAUAAUAAUAGCUGAAUUGUUGAAAAAUAUGUCUGACAGAGCUAAUUUAAUUAACACUUGGGUUCCAGGCCAUAAACCGUCCCGCCUACAGUAAGCACUUGCCUCACAGACGCCUACGAAAUUUUCUAAUUUUCAUGUCAAUUCAAUUCUCGCAAUAAUACAAUGUGUCUGUCUGUCACACACAGCGAAUGUAUUUAAUGUAUAAAUGUAUAGUGUAUAGAACAGAAUUCAUGUAAUUAUGUAUAUGUGUAAUUAUAAUUUUGUUAAAGGCUUUACAGCACACUGCAACGAUUGUUAACAAUUAUAGCAAUUAUAAAAUUGUGAGCUUCCUCCAGCUAAAAUUUCUAGUCACGUCUUGCGUUAUUAAAGAAA